AUGGCAGAUCAAGCUCGAUCACGCCCAGCUUGGAUGCCUCCAACAGCCGAGUUGGCUUUUGCAAUGGCAAUUGUCAAGCUCAAGCCUGUUGGCAUUACUGUGAAAGACCACAUCUUUGCAAUCCGAGAAAACGUCAAAAAGGUCGACGACAGCAAACCACAUCUUUCUGACAAGUUCUGGGACAGUGCUGCUCACUGGCGCAACGCUUUUUUGAAAUCUGAAACUGAGCAGACGAAACUUCACAACCGGAUCUUCGAGCUGGAACAGAAAAAUACAGAGCUGAAUCUGAAGCUCAAUAUUGCUGGACCAUCUUUGAAGCGCGAAAUCGAAGAUUUUGAAGUAGAGCUCACCACUGCCAGAAAGAGAUCGAAAAAGAACGAACCAAAUGCCUACUCGCGCGACUAUAUCCGGUUUCAUCACACCUACAAAGGGGUGUCUUUCUUAAGACACAUGGUUAUCCUGACUCGCGCCUUGCAAGUCAAGCGGGUGAAACGGGACAAAAUGAAAAUGCUCGCGGCACACUCUGCAGAUCUCUGCAAACAAGCAGAGAGGGGAGUUUUGACUGUCAUCCAGUCCCAGAUCGAGACCAUGCUGAGUUUGAGAGACCCCCAGCCGUGGAAAUACAAAGAGCCCAAACUUAGCGCAGUUGUCAAGGCAGUAGAGAUGUCCUGGCUUCUACUACAGCAGGUUCUUGUGAAAACCAAGUCGCCCACCGACGCCAGUGAUCCGAGGAAGCAGGUUGUCUACUUCAUGGUGUGCCUUUUUGAAUCGAUCGCCACCGCGCUCGCCCAAUACUGCAAGGCCCUUGCGAAAGUGAACAUGGUGAUGCCUGGCCCGGCUGCUUCCAAGAAAAAGCAGACGAAGAAUGUCUUUGAGCCCAGUGAGGACCGCUCGGGAACGGAGUAUGUUCUCACUGGACUUCUUGCUGCGCUGGUUCGAUCCCUGGAUUUGAGCGAGGAGCCCUGUCGAGCAGUCUUGGAAGGCAUGCUCUAUACUAUAGUGAACCGGGUCGGACAGAUGCUUGCUUUUUACAGCUUCGACGGCAUGGCGCUGCCGCAUCUUAGCAUCCCGGACUUGAAACCUCCUCGGGGUCUCGAAGAAAUGCAAAGAGCCGGAAUGACACCCGAAUGGGCCGAGAUCGAAGCGAGACAGCUCGUCCUUUUCCUUCGCAAAAUAUCAAUUACCGGCAACUGUUUCUCAGCUGACCGAUUUACCGGUAAUCGUUCGCAAGUCGACAUGAGAAAGCAAUUGCAGACCAAGAUGACAAACCAAUUACUCACGGCGGUCUUUGGCGAAGCAGAACCGGAUUUCCACAAUCGACUCACUCGUGCAUCGACUCCGCCUCCGAAUGAGGAUGUCAUGCCGAAGGAUGAUAGCUCGACGUUCAAAGAAUGGUUCGUGCAGCAUGUCUGGCACUUGAUCGGCUGGGAGUGCCUUGCCAAGAUGGAAACGGACACUGCGUGA